GUCGUCACCAUUCUCCUGAACUCUCCAAUUCAAAUAAAGCGAGGGAAAUAGUCAUUAAAACGACGUGGUUUUUAACACCCAAGAGUCAAGACUAAGAUGUUGUUUCAUGCUUCUCGCGCACAAUGAACUGUACGCCCAAAACGAACUGCUUCUCUCUCUCGCGCCCAUACCGGAAUUACCAAACCGUAACCCUGAUCCUAACCCCUCGACGGCGAUGACCGCCUCCAAUUCCCACCGCUUCUUUUUUCUUGGAAUCUAACCACGACCAACUCGAACGCGUCCAGGCACGUGCUGCGCGAGCCGCCGCUAUCCGCCGCAGAAACGCCGCUGCUACUCAGCCUUCUGACCCUCCCGAUCCUUUUCUCGAAAAAGAACAGAUCAUCGAGUUGUUCCAGAAUUGCAUAAAGCUUGCAAGAGAAAAUAUAAUAAAUCAGAAGAACACUUGGGGUCUAAAACUCAUAGACCAUCUCAGCGAGAUUAUAAGGGUUGAUGCAGAGGAAGAUACAGAGACUAAUUUUCAAAAGGCAAGUUGCACAUUGGAAGCUGGGGUAAAGAUUUACUCCUUGAGGGUGGAUUCAGUGCAUUCAGAGACAUACAAGAUCCUUGGUGGGAUCAAUAGUGCUAGUCUAGUAAAUGAACAAGGUGGGUAUUUUUUUUUUUUUUUGCAGAUAUCACCUUUGUCCACAUUGGUAUCAUCAUUUGAAGCUCUUAAUGUAAAGAGGUUUGACGUUGCUUUUACAGUGGAUCCUCUUUAUCAUCAGACAUCAGCCCAGUUUGAUGGAGUGAAGGGUCUCCUACUGAAUAAUCUUGCUGUAUAUGGAGGAUGUCGGGUGCUUUUUGAUUCUUUGGAAGUACCAGGAAAGUGCAUAUUAUGUUCAAGUGAAAAUAAUAGUUCAGAUAUGGUUGCUAUAUCUUUUGCCAAAGAAUAUAUUGAGCAGAUGGUGAUGAACAUGCUUGAAAAAAAUGAAAUUUCCCCCACUCUUAGGGAUAUCAUGUGUCUGUUCAAUGAAGAAAAUCAACAGCCAUCUCAUACAUUUAAUGAAGGUCAGAAAUCAGAAGGAAGUACAGGAUCAGUUUAUGUUGAGUUCAAUGGCAAUCUGUUUGGUAGCUAUGAGGCAUGGACCUUUAAUCAUGACAAUGGGACAGCUGUAACUGAUGAUGGCUUCACUUUUGGAGAUCCAACCAUUCAUAGUCAUUAUGAGGGGAAUGAUUCCUAUACAUCUUAUGAACCUGAUGUAGAUGACAGGCUUGAGAAUGUUGCUACAUUUUUGUUUCAAGGGUUGGGAUUUACCUCAAAGAAAAAUGUCUGGGCAGGUACAGAUCAUUGGAAGUUUCAGAAGUGCAAGGGUUCAGAGGAUGUUCCUACUGAAAGUGAGUCAUCUUUCACAAAGAAGAGACCAAAGAACAAAAAAAUUACAGAAUUAGAUAUUAGUUUCACAAAAUAUUUGGUCAAAGAAGCGCCUGAUGUCUUUGUCCCUCUCAAAAAUCCAAAAUUGCUGCUGCUACCUGCAAGUAGAGAACCUUGUCGUAACACACUUCCUGAAGAUUGCCAUUAUCAACCUGAGGAUCUUGUGAAGCUGUUUCUUCUUCCUAAAGUUAUGUGCCUUGGGAAGAGAAGAAGACAACUUCCGGAUGCUCAAGAACACAAUGAUGAUGAUCGGUUGCCAUCAUGGGAUAAUGGAAGUGUGUUUAAUUGCCAGUAUGAUGAUGGAUAUGCUGAUAGUGAUGUGGAAAACUUGGACAUUCUGGUGUCUCAGCCUCGUCAGGUCAAAAAAAUUGAAGUUCAGUAUGAUAAAACUUCUAAACAAAUUGAUGUACACAUUUUGAAGAAAACACUUCAGGAUCUCAUGCAGGAAUCCAUUCAAAUGUCUGAGGCGGUGUACAACAAUGCCAUAUCUUUGAAGCAUAUAUUGAGUACCUUUCCAGAUGACUGCCCAGCUGCUAAAUUACAGGAUAUAUCUCCACAUUUGUGUUUCAUUUGCCUCUUGCAUCUAGUCAAUGAGCAUUGUUUGAACAUGCAUGGCUGCCCCAAUUUGGAUGAUCUUAUCAUGCAAUUUCCCCUGUCAUCUCAAAACACAGGUGAUGUGAUACUGUCAUCAUCAUAGUCAUGGGGCUGUUUAAGUUGAAGACACAGACAUUUCUGGGAGGUGGCAUGGUUCCCUUAUUCCAUGCUUAUGUGGGAGGCCUUUCAAACGCACAACAAACUGUAAGCAUAGUGUAGCUUGAUUGCCUCUUUUUGGUCAUUUUGUUUCAUAAUACUGUCUAAAUCAUGUCUAAAUGAUAUGUAAAUGGCUACUGUGUCCGCUGAAGCAUAUAUGGGCAGUGUAUUUACUGCGUUUGUGCUUUUUAGUCAUAGCCUCAUGCAUUUUUUUGCCC